AGCAACUGUCCAGGUUUCGGAUAUCUUCAAACGGUAUGACGAAAUAAACAUUCGCGAGACUCUCUGAUGACUCUAGAAGCACAUCGGUUCUGGGUUCGGUUGUGAAUUACCCUUCAAAGUUCAUAGGCACCUUUCUAGAAGAAACGACUUGUUCUUUCUCGAAGUAUAUGAUAAAAAUAGACGUCAAUAAUCAGCAGUACAUAAGCUCGUGCAAGGAAUUGGAAUGUGUUCUCUCCAGCAGACAGGGGGGUUUGAUGAUUGACAGUACAGCACAGUAAGCUCGGGAAUCACUACAGUAGCCGAUCCUCCUUCAUCGCAAAUGCAGGUACCAAUGGAUCACAGCAACCACAUCAACAAGAUAUAAUAAAAAUCUCUAACAAUCAUUUGAGAUUGAGAUAAUUGAGACGAGAUUUUCUUAGAAAAGUUUCAAGAAUCUUGAUUUAGCAAUUGGUAUAUCAGGUUUUAAUUCCAUUCAACCCAUUCUUUAAGUUCCUAUGUUCCAGCUGCUGCUACACCAAUAGUCAAAAGUGGCGAAGCUAAACUUUCCAAUUAAGAGUCUUUGGUUACAUCUCACAAAUCCCACAGCCUCUUUGAGAAAUCAUAUACGGUUCUUUACAAAUGAUUAAAUUUGUCCAGUGGUCGCAUCCUUCGCUCGCGAUCCAAUUGGGUUUAUACGUGUUCAGAGAAAUAAGUGUUUGAUAAUGUAGAAAUAGAUCUUGUCGUGGGAUUCUGGCCCCCGGAGAUAUUCUUAUUCUUCUCAUCUGAGUUGCGCCGUAAUCAAAUGGAUUGAAGUACUCAUUAAAGCUUGCGUCUUUUCAUUUAAGAUCUUUCAUACCCUCUGUCAUGUACUUUUAAACCCUUUUCGACCUUUCUUGUUACUUCUUUUCUCUGUCGUUCAUUUUAUCAAGCUCUCUCGACCGUUACGUCGUGGAGUCUAUAAUUUCUUUCUUUGUCAUGUCUCCCCUGAUAAUAAUUUUGUUUUCUGCUUUGUUCGGAGUUACGAAUGCUAUACCAUGGGCCGCAGCUAAACAGACAGCUACGUAUAAGGGGGAUGAAUGGUCCCCACGACCGACGAACAGGAUCAUAGAGUCUCGUGACCUGUUUAGAAGAGGCUCAUUCGAUGUUGAUAUAUGUGGCUGGAUUGGAGGAAAUAAAGCUCAAUCAGUGGGCUGUCGAAGUGGAUCUUCAUGUAUUCAUGAUACUUCGUAUGGAGUUAUCGGAUGCUGUCCAACCUCGUCAGCUGGAUCGGAUCCGGUUCCUUGCACGGAUGGAUUAUAUACCUCUUGUAUCGAUCAUAAUAGUGCUGGAUAUGCUUCGAAUUCUUUCAUGGUUAAUAAUGGUAUUUUAUCAUGCCCUUCGAAUUCAAACUGUUACAAAGUUAACUACCCAGAAAACUACUCACAAUUUGGAUGUGGCCCUUCCACUGGAAACAUCACAGCAGUGACAACCUUUGCUGGUCAAGCGACAGAUGAUAACCUGCAGAUUGUAUAUACUGGAGUGACUUUCAACCCAACAAUCAUAAUUCAAAAUCCUAGUUAUUUUGGAGCAGCCACUUCAUUUCCAUCUUCAACGUCUGCAACUCCAGCACAGUUCACAGCUUCGGCUACUGCUGGGAAGGGGUCAUUGACACCUUCAAUCCCAGAAUCAACAAGUUCGACAGCUGCAGCAUCGAAGGGAAGCUCAAAUACUGGGGCGAUAGUCGGCGGAACGAUUGGUGCUCUGAUUGUAAUCAUAGGAGCAUCUAUAGCAGCAUUCUUUCUCAUUCGUAAGAAAAGAAACAAACGAGAGUCAAUCGUUCCUCGUGGUGCCAUGUCUCCUCCGCGGCUAUCAAAACCAACAUUUGAAGCAGUUCCUAACCCAACGCCAUCUCUACAGCCAAUUCACUCUCCAAUUUCAUUCGGAAAUCAUUCCCCACCACCUCAAGAUCAUUACUCUCAGGUGAGCGGCAUCAAAAACCUAGGCUAUGCACCUGUACCUGUCUUUCAAUCUCCUCAUCAUCGACCCACCACGCCUGCCGGACAUGAUGCACCCGUGGAAGCACCAACUCCUGAUCUUUACGCCCGUAACUUUCGCUCUUCGUCUCCUAUACCAGAUCGAGAUCCAUUCCAACCAUCACAUUCCGAAAUACUUCCUGAAUCUUACGACACGACUCGAACACGUGGUCCACCCUCCUCAGAGCCUUAUCACCCAUCGCAAUCACCUGAACCUCAGCAUUACUACCGAUCUCAAUCUCCUGAGCCUCAACUGUAUUAUCACUCCUCCUCCCCCGAACCACAAGCUCUCCGUCCCCGUCCUUCUCGCUCCCCACCACCUGUAAGCACAUCUCCAGCCUCAGCCCCAGCUCCAACCACAAACUCGUACAGCCUCCCACCAACCGCCGACCUCCCACCCCUCGAUAUUAUGGAAGACAUCCAAACCCCCAUCGCCCCCAAAGCCUCUCAAGCAAAUUGGCAUCUCGCUCUCACCGGAGAUCGACGCACCUACGCCCCCACCGACGGCCCCUCCACCUCCGCCGACCACCAACACGAACCCAUGCCUGCCAUGCCUGCCCUCUACGCCGACAUCACAAGCGCCAUGGGCGUCGAAUCCAUGUCACCCCCCGCCGACUCCUUUCUCACACGACAAAUCUCCGAUCCCAAAAACCCUGGCACCCGUCGCAAUUUCUCGCGCAAAGGCCGCGCUGACAAAGAAGGCGUCGAAGAUCAAAACAAUAAUCACGAAAACCAAAACCAAAACCAAAACGAACAAACGGAAGAAGAAGAAGAAGCAGCACACAGCAACAACAUCCGGCAAUCCGGUUGGACACCCUCCGGUCUCCGCACACGAAAUAGUCCCUCUCCGCACUCCGCCCCCAGAAUGCCCGAUCGCAGGACUCCCGCCCCUAUCGGAAGCCACCCCGAGGUCUCCGCGCAGAGAUACCCAAUGUCUGAUCCUCGAGACGAGCAAGUGCGUAUUGCGUAUACCCCGCAUGCGCAUGCGGGUGUGAAUAUAGGAGGACAUGGUGGGCCUCCGAGAGGAAUGGGGAUUGCGAGGAAACCGACUCCGGUUGUUGAUCCGAAUGCUGUGGAGGGGGGGUGGUUGUGA